AUGAGAGGUGUGAUUUCAGUUUUUCCAAGCCAUGAGUUUCACCUUCAAACCACAAGGUCGUGGGACUUCCUUGGACUUCCUCACUCAUUCAAAAGAGAUCAAACUAUUGAGAGUAGUUUGGUGAUUGGAGUCAUGGAUACCGGAAUAUGGCCAGAAUCUGAAAGUUUCAAUGAUAAAGGUCUUGGUUCGAUUCCAAAAAAGUGGAAGGGAGUUUGUGCUGGUGGUGGUAAUUUUAGUUGCAACAAGAAGAUCAUCGGAGCACGAUUUUACGGUGUUGGAGAUGUGAGUGCAAGAGACAAAUCUGGUCAUGGAACCCACACAGCAUCCAUAGCAGGUGGACGAGAGGUGAAUGAUGUAAGCUUUUAUGGUCUCGCAAAUGGAAUUGCAAGAGGUGGAAUCCCAUCUUCAAGGAUUGAUGCAUACAAAAUUUGCAAUGUUUUUGGUGCAUGCACUAAUGAUGUUGUAUUAGCUGCAUUUGAUGAUGCCAUUGCCGAUGGAGUUGACGUCAUCACUAUCUCUCUUGAUGCCCCUAAUGCCAUUGAUUUUUUGAGUGAUUCUAUCGCCAUCGGUUCUUUUCAUGCCAUGGAGAAGGGAAUACUCACAGUGCAGUCUGCAGGAAAUGCUGGCCCUAUCUCAAGUAGUGUUUGUAGUGUAUCACCUUGGUUAUUUACUGUUGCCGCAACUACCAUAGAUCGAAAAUUCAUUGAUUAGAUCAUUCUUGGAAAUGGACAAACUUUUAUUGGGAAGUCAAUUAAUACCAAACCUUCAAAUGGCACAAAAUUUCCAAUAGUUGUGCAUAAUGCUCAAGCUUGCCCAGCUGGAGGAAAAACAUCCCCUGAAAAGUGUGAUUGCAUGGACAAGAAGAUGGUGAAUGGUAAGCUUGUUUUGUGUGGAUCUCCAAUCGGUGAAAUGUUAACUUCUACAAGUGGUGCAAUUGGUGUAAUCCUUAUCACAAUCUGAUUUCGA